AUGUCUUCCAAGGCACCCACUCCUUUUGGUGCGUCUGCAUCGAAACCAGCAAGCUCUGGUGGAAGUAGUGCCUUUCCUCCAAUGUCUACAAAAGCACCCACCCCUUUUGGAGCUCCUGCCACCGCCAAGCCAUCAACUUCUUCUGGCAGCAGUGCUUUUCCACCAAUGGCUACCAAGGCGCCCACACCCUUUGGAGCAGCAGCAGGUGCCAAAAGAGCAAGCUCUGGAAGCAGCGCCUUUCCACCAAUGUCAACAAAGUCCCCGACACCUUUUGGGGCUUCUGCAUCCAAACCCGCAAGUUCUGCUGGAAGCAGCGCCUUUCCACCAGUGUCAGCCAAAGCUCCGACAUCUUUUGGUGCUCCUGCGACGGCGAAAAGAGCAAACUCUGGAAGUAGUAGUGCUUUCCCGCCAAUGUCUGCAAAGACACCAACUCCUUUUGGUGCAUCUGCAUCUAAACCAGCAAGUUCUUCUGGAAGCAGCACCUUUCCGCCAAUGUCAGCCAAAGCUCCAACUCCUUUUGGGGCUUCUGCGUCUAAACCUGUAGGUUCUGGAAGCAGUGCCUUUCCACCAAUGUCAGCCAAAGCUCCAACUCCUUUUGGCGCCCCUGCAACUGCAAGCUCUGGAAGUAGUGGUGCUUUCCCUCCAAUGGCUGCAAAGGCACCAACUCCUUUUGGGGCUUCUGCAUCUAAACCUGCAAGUUCCGGAAGCAGCGCCUUUCCGCCAAUGUCAGCCAAAGCUCCAACUCCUUUUGGUGCUCCUGCAAGCUCUGGGAGCAGCAGUGCUUUCCCGCCAAUGUCUGCAAAGGCACCAACUCCUUUUGGGGCUUCUGCAUCUAAACCUGCAAGUUCUGGAAGCAGCGCCUUCCCUCCCAUGUCAAACAAGGCGCCUACACCAUUUGGGGCUGCUGUGGGAACAGGUGAUGCAUCCCGGAAAGGGAAGCUUGCCAGGUCAGCUGAAGGAGAAACGAAAACCUCUGUUCAAUCUUCGUCGUUGCCAGGCAUGGGGCACAUGUCAGUAACUCCUCAGAAGCAAGGCAUUUCAGCGAUAGGGUCUCCUCCCGCUCGAUCACCUCCUACACCGGUCUUUUCACCACCUACAAAGUCCCCACCGGCUAGCGCUUCAAGGUCGUCAACGCGUUUGGCUCUGCCGCAAAAUAUUUCCGAUUGCGAGCAGCAGCUGUUUGCCCUAACCGAGAAUUUGAACCAGACAUUGGCCAGGAUCGCCCAUUACCGUCCUGAUGCAAAGGAUUCAUUGCAUGAUCAUCUCGAAAACCUCGUCGCCGACAUUCAGAAGAUGCAAACGCUCUGUUCAGACUGCAGUGGACUUCUCGCAGAGAAUGGGCGAAAGAGUGCUUUCUUGUUGUCGAGAAAGGCUGAUCUUUCCAGGCAGGUCGCUGAAGCUCGUCAUCUCGUGGACGCCAGCAUGUCGACACAGCAAACCGCUGAAGGAACGGGAGCUUUGUUAGCCUCGCAACCGCUGGAUCGUGACUCAGAGAUGCAGCGACGAGCACUCGCAACAAAAUCGGUCGAAGUUCAAAAGCUUUUGAACAUUGUGAAAAAUCGGCUUGUUCUGCUCACAAAAAUCUGUGCCACUGAUCCCGACGCUGCGAGAAAUGACCUGCUGCAAACCUUGGUGAAUUCAUUCAGCAGAAUCAAGCUUUUCUCCACCGAGACAAAGCGUCUCGCAGAAAAGGUUGGUGAACUGUCCGAGAAAAUCCCGAGUAGACCUUCCCAAGCGGCGCCCGCGGCCAAACGACAUCGAUCGAGAAAGCCUCCAAAGAUCGAGCCACUGUCAGUACGAGGAUCCGCCAGCUCAGCCUCACGUCCUCGCCAGGUGCAACCAAGCAAUGAUGAUUCGCGAAGCAAGAAAGCCGAGAGAUGGGCCGCUGUGGAAGCAUCGCUCCAGGGAUUCCAAAGUCAGAUUGUCACAAAGAAAUCGUUGAAGCAGUUCCCUGCUGUGAAGGCAAAACCUGCCAAGCAGCAGAAGACACCGAACAGAAAGCCCACACAAAGCUUCCUUUUGCCUCCUUCAACAACUCCAGCCCUUCCACUGGCUACUCUCGCACCGGCCAAUACCCCUCAACUGUUGUUGUCGCAACCACCGACAAUGGCAACCCGUUCAGCUUGGGACAGAGUUUCUGAGCUGGAUAAAGCAAAGAAUGUGUCUCUGCAAUUGCCCGAAGGACUCAACGAGGUGACGUUCGCCGGCGAGUCGAGGAAGGCACUUGCUGGCUUCGGAACGACACCGGAAAAAGUGAAAGAAUCAUCAGACGUGAUACGGCGCGGGGUUUCACCGCGACCACCAUCGAGGCCCAAGCAAAGCCCACCGGCAAACGAGAGGAAGAAGUCAGCCUCAGAUGCGUUCCCUCCACUUUCUAGCAAAGCGCCGACAAACCCUUUCUCAACGAAAACCCCAAGUGCCGAUUCCGACGCUGCGGCAAAGGUACCAACAAUUGCAAAAUUGCCCGGUGAUCAAAGUUUGAAGGGACCCGCCAUGGCAUCGAUGUCUAUCAAGGAUGCCUUGACCACCGCGCCAAAAAGACUUGCGAGUGGAGGAAAAGAUAGAGGACCUUUUGACAGCGCUUCUAAAUCACCUUUUGGUUCCAUGGGUGGAUUAGGCACUUCGCUCUUCGGAGAAAAGGUGAAUCCAAGCAGUUCCGAACCAUCGGCUGGUCCUGGCGGUUCUACUCCAGACUAUAAGGGCUUAUUGACAGAGUUCUACCAAAAACACAACCCAGAAAAGGUCAAAGAUGUGGACAAGUAUCUUGCAAAAUUCAGCGAUAAAAUUCCGGAACUGUUUGCUAAGCUCGCGAACAAGUACAAAGUGGAAAAUCCGCUGAAAUCUGCGCAGCUUCCAGCAGCUUCCCAUGCCGCGGCAUCGCCAUUUCCAAUGACGUCGGCGUCGACAGGUGCACCGCCGCCACCACCUUCUGGGUCCGAACCGAACCAAAUGAAGUCGCCGUUUGACAGCUCCAAGCCUCCUGCGGCCCUUUCUCCCUUUGGUUCCACUCCAGCAAAGGGACCACAAAGUUUGUUUGGAAAUGCAGCAUCUUCGACGCCCGCGUUCGGGUCUUCUACACCAACACCUGCCCCAGCAUUUGGGUCGUCGACUCCUGCCCCAGCGGGAUUUGGAUCUCCGGCACCGGCAUUUGGAUCCUCAUCUGCAACAGCAACCCCAGCCUUUGGAGCAAACGCCCCCGCUCCGGCAUUCGGUUCUCCGUCUCCAUUUGGUGCUCCUCCUGCCACUCCUGCAUUCGGGAAUGCUCCAGCGGGACCAACCAUGCAAUCAACUCCUGCAGGGGGGUCACAGCAAUUGUUUGGCGGUCGACCACCUCGUGACGUGCUGGUGCAGUUCUACCAGAAAAUAGGAAAAGCAGAUCAAAUCCAAAAAAUCGACGGCAUCCUGCAAAAGUACCAGGGCCAGGAAGAGAAGCUGUUUAGCAACUUGCAGCACAAAUACGGCGACAAUUGGACUAUGUUCGUGAAGCAAUCAUCGCCCGCACCAGCAUUUGGCACUCCUGCUGGCGGUGGCUUUGGUUCUCCAUCUCCAGGUGGGUUUGGACAAGCUUCAGCUCUGGGCGGCGCCCGCCCCAGUCCUUUUGGAGGAGGUGGCUUUGGCCAGCCGUCCGCCCUGGGGCAAAGCUCUGGAAUGCCAGGAGGAAUGGGCAUGUCUGGUGGUGGUGGUGGAACUUUUGGCAAUUCAAGUUCAGGAUUUGGUGGUGCUAGCUUUGGGGCGUUGGCUCAGAAUGCAUCGCCAUCGCCCUUUGGCGCCCCCCCAGCAGCAGCAGCUCCUGGUGGUUUUGGUGGCUCAGCAGCAGGAGGAGGUUUUGGAUCAUCGCCUCCUUUUGGGUCUGCCACACCCUUCGGUGCUCCUCGUCGAUAGAUAGGUAAUCAACUUCUUCUAGAGCUAUCCAGGCACUAGCAACUAGCCAGCUAGCUACCAAUUCUUACAUUGUAGCUCAUGUGUCAGC